AUGGCGGACGAGGAGUUAACUGAUAUCAUGAUAGACAUGGAGUUUGGAGAACUGAUGAAAGAUUGGAUAGAAGAUUGGUCAGAUGAUGAAAAUUCAGAUCGUGAAGAUCGGUCAGAGAAUGGGAACGAAUGGGACGAUCUUAAUAUCGAUGAGCUUGAUGAUGAUCAGGAAAACAACUCGGAGCUCUUGAAUGAAGAUUACAUUAGUCAGUUCAUUUCCAAAUGUCAUAAUGCGUACGACUAUUACGGUGAAUCCAACGCGGAGACAUGCCUUAACAACGAAUCAUUAGAUGCACCUGGUUCUGGGGAGUCCGAGUCGUCGGUCAUCAUGAGUGAGGUGACACAAGAUGAUGGGGCAAAGAAUGUCCAAGAUACUGCCAGUGCAGAUGAUAAGAGGGAUAUAUUCAUGCAGAUAAUGGAAAUGACUUUUACGUCUCACGAUGUUGCGUAUGAUUUCUACAAAAGCUAUGCUAGAGAUAAUGGUUUCAGCAUUAGAAAGAAUAAGGUCAGGUAUAGCAAAACAGAGUCACGUCAUAUGUGUUAUAGGCGGUUUGUUUGUUCAAGACAAGGGAAACGUGACAACAAGUUGCUAACCGAGGAAGGACACAGCCGUAGGCUCAGAGCCGAGACACGCUGCUUUUGCGAAGCGCACCUGACCGUCAAGCUUGACCAAAAGCGUGGGGUUUGGUAUGUUGAAACUUUUGAGGACAAGCAUAGCCAUAUGUUGGCAGGACCUGAUGAGGUACCUUUUCUUUGGUCCCACAGAAAAAUCAAAGAGUACCAGAAGGAUGAGAUAAUGUCCAUGAGAGCUGCAGGGAUUAGAAUUCAUGACAUGAUGGAUUGCUUCAUCAACAAACAUGUAUGGUAUGGCGGUGUUGGUUUUACCAGGCAUGAAAUAUACAACCUUUGCGCCAAGGAGAAGAGGAAGCUUCUUUCAAAAGGUGAUGCUGCCACAGCCAUAGGCAUCAUGGCCAGUAGGAAACAGAGGGAUCCUAACUUAUUUUUCGAGUACAGGCUAGAUAAGGAAGGACAUUUGAAUAGGAUGUUCUGGUGCGACUCCCAGUCUCGUCAUGACUAUGAGGACUUCGGCGACGUGCUUGUAUUUGACAGCACAUACAAGAUGAACCGCUAUGUUCUUAUUCGGUUCACGAAAGAAGCAAGGUUGGGACUGCCCGCGAGGCGCACAAGCGAUCUGUUGGGAUUUGGUUGGACUGGGGUCGGGGAAAGAAUGAAAUAUAGCCAGGAAAAUUUGUUGAAGCAAACAAAUGACAUCAGUAAGUGUGCAGUUGAAUAUGUGGAUGAUGGUGAAGGCAACAUGAUUGAGGUUAAAGAUCCUAUGAAAGUGUCAAGCAAAGAAAAAGUGGAGAAGGAACAAGAGUAG